AUGGACAAGGGGAAAGAUGUGAUAGAGGAGUCCUCGAAGGAAGUGGUUCAGGAAAUUGUAGUUGCUGAGGAAGAAAAGUCUGCUACUCCUGGUCUGGUUCAAGAUGAUGAUGGGUUCCAAGUGGUUACGCACAGGAAGAAUAGAGUGAGAGCUCCUGCCCCGGGAUCUAUCUCGCGAAGUCCAUGGAGUUUGUCAGCUGGCUCGAGUAAAAGUCCAUUGGAUGACCAGGUAUUCCCUUCUUUAAGCAGACCUGUUUUGAAGCGACCUGUGGAACCUCCACCUAUUGCUCCUGCUAGGGGUAAGGGUCGGGGGAAGAAGCGGGGAAAAUGA